UUUUUCGCCCUUUUUACCGUUACGGCGUGGUGUUCGGUAAAAUCUGAACCCAAAUAGCAGUAUAAGAAGCCACGUUCGUUUGACUACCCCGCUCGAUCGCACCAAUUCCAUUUCGCUUCCUCCCACUCUUCCUCCCCGCUUCGUCUUCCCCGAUCCCAGAUAUUUAUUGGCGGAGCCUUUUUUGGGGGCAUCAUGGCGUCAUCUCGAGAUGCGGGGGACGACGGGGCCGAUCAGGUUUUGGUAGAGGAAAAAGGCUUCACAAGAAUUUUAACACUGAACAGGCCUCGGCAAUUGAACGCCUGCUCUUUUCCAAUGAUUAUGCAACUGCUGAAACAUUUUACUGCUUAUGAGGAGGACCCUAAAGUCAAACUAUUGAUUAUGAAGGGAAAAGGAAGAGCGUUUUGUGCUGGAGGUGAUGUUGCUGCAGUUGCUCGUUCCAUAACUGAAGGUCAUUGGACCAUGGGUGCUAAGUUUUUCUGGACUGAGUUCAUUCUAAACUAUAUAAUUGCAACCUACCGCAAACCUCAGGUUUCCAUUCUUAAUGGAAUUGUCAUGGGAGGAGGGGCUGGUCUCUCCAUUCAUGGAAGAUUCAGAGUAGUGACAGAGAAAACGGUCUUUGCAAUGCCUGAAACAGCGCUUGGUUUGUUUCCAGAUAUAGGUGCUUCCUAUUUUCUAUCAAGAAUUCCCGGCUUCUUUGGAGAAUAUGUUGGCUUAACUGGUGUAAGACUGGAUGGUGCUGAAAUGCUUGCUUGUGGCCUUGCUACUCACUUUGUCCAUUCUACGAAAUUGACUUCCCUUGAAGAAUCACUUACUAAAGUGGACACCUCUGAUCAUUUUGCUAUCUGCGGAAUAAUCGACCAGUUCUCUCAACAGGUGCCAGUGAAAGAAAGUAGUGCUUUUCAUAGGUUGGAUAUAAUUGACAAAUGCUUCUCCAAAAGAACAGUUGAAGAUAUUCUUUCUGCUCUGGAACAAGAGGUUCUACAUGGUGCUGAGGACUGGCUUACAGCAGCAAUUCAGUCAUUGAAGAAGGCUUCACCUACCAGUCUAAAGAUUUCUCUUAGAUCAAUCAGAGAAGGGAGGAUGCAGAGAAUCGGCCAAUGCUUAAUUCGAGAGUAUAGAAUGUGUUGCCAUGUAUUGCGUGGCGAUGUCAGCAAGGAUUUUUUUGAGGGUUGCAGGGCUAUAUUGGUGGAUAAAGACAGAAAUCCAAAGUGGGAGCCCUCGAGGCUGGAAAUGAUAGAUGACAAAGUGGUCGAUAAGUAUUUCGACAAAGUCGACGACCCAGAUUGGGAGGAUUUGAAACUACCCACUAGACCUAAUUCAACCACGACGUACGUCUCAAAACUUUAGAGAAGAUUCUAGAUGGUGGCCUUUAUUUUCAAAACCUUGAAACGUGUCAACAGCCAUGAUUGGGAAGUGAUAUUUGCCGAAAGUAAGUUAUCGGUAAUCUGGCUCUUAGGUUGUUGACAGCUAUCUUUUCUAAAUGCUGGUAUAUAGCUAUGAGGAUUAGAAACACGAAUAACAUGGGCUUGCUUUGUCACUUUAUGAAGUAUGCCUCUGCGUAUUUAGCUACUUUUUACCUUGUUGUAUGUUUUACUUAUAAAAAGAAACCAUCAAGUUGGCCGAGGUAAGCAUCCA